CCGAGGUUGCUGCACGUACUGAACGCACGCUGCGCCUUCCAGUGGACCGUCUAGUAGAAACUGUGUGCAUUGGCCGUGUGUGGCUGGGUGUGUGGGUUUGUGUGCGCGCGCGUGUGCGAUAGUGUAUGUAGUGCGUAGCAGGCAGUGGACGACGAGGAAUGGUCGAGCGUUCGGUCGGGUGACACACGCAAGACGUGUAAAGGUAGCCAAAGAAGAAAGAAACGUUUUUAUUUCUUUUCUGGAUGCAUUAUCAAACCGCGAGUUUCUAUCGACUGGAUCGAAAGUGGAUCGUGCGUGCUUUGUGUGUUUGUGUGUGUGUGUGAAUUUGUGUGAACCGUAGCCGUUAGUGCGUACAAUCUCCGUCUUUCCUGGUUUCACGGGGGUAAGCGGGCGAUCUUGGCUGAUAACUCCUGCAUUCUGUGGGCGUGUGUGUGUGUAUGCUGGUGCAUUUUGCCGUGUAAAAGGGUUCAGUGGCACGGUGAGGUGCGUGCAUCAGCCCUCCCAUCAUUGUCACCACGGUAUUGUUGUUGUGAUUGUGAAAUAGUUCAAGGAAUGUAAAAAAAAUAAAAUAAAUAAAUAAAAUAAAUAAAGUGUGUGUAAAAUGGAGUGGAAAAGAGAAAGUGAAUCUGAAGAUCCUAUUGUUGUGAAAAAAUAAAAAGAAAUGUGUAAUAUUAAUGGUGGAAUAAUGUUACGUAUAUCGCUUGGCGCAAAAGCAAAGUAAGGGUUAGUCAAAGCCCUGUUUAGUUGCCCGUAGUGUUUAGGAAAAUAAAAGAAGAAUUCGCACGUUAAAAGUGUAUAACGAAUAAAAAGGCUACUCCGUCGGUGUUGGAGGCAGGAAUUGACGGUUGGCCACCGUUCUCAUCAACGGUUAAGUGACAGGGCCGUGUGGAAGGCAGAAAUACACCGUAAGUGUGUGGUGCGAGGAGUCCUUUGGACCGACGAUGGAAUGGCCACCACCGUCCCCAACGGUCCUCCCACCAUCGAUCUCGGCGUCGCGGUCGAUGCAAUUUAGCACGUGUGCCAAUAAUCAUGGCGAAAUGGCACUGAUGGCGGUCACCAUGCUAACUGAAGGUCUUUCCUUAGGCGACUGCUUCGAAUUGCAUCCGACGCUGAAAACGUGACGCAGCACCGUUACAGUGCGUUACGCCUAAGUGCAGCAAAAAUAAAGGAAUUACACACAAAAAAGUCGAAGUCGGACUUCCUUCGUCCUUGCUUGUUUGCGGAAUAAUAAAGAUUAACCACAACACAUCAAGCAACGAACUAAGCAAUCUUUCUUCCGUCGGCUAAGUUAUAAACCAAUGAACGAUGGAACCAUCACCAGCUUCAGCCGUACCAGCAGAGUCCGCCACGGUCACAGAAACUCCAUCCGGCGAUGGGAAACCGACACAAGAGGAGGUCAAUUCUACUCAACUCACGGCUCCGGCGUCACCUGUACCGCCACCCACUCAGCAGUGCACCACCACCACUACCAGCGGCAGUCCCCGGAUACCGGAAGAGGCACCUACUCCUAAUGAGCCAUCGAUGGCGACACCCGCGGAUUCAGCGGUCGGUACCGAGGAUGAGUCGACAAAAGAGCCCACCGAAUCGGUGCAACCAGAGAAACCGGCGGAUGUUAUCGAUCCACUUCCGGGCAACAGCGGGCAGUCGCCACCGGAAAUAACGACAACUACGCAAGAGACGGAAACACCGACGGAGAAGGAGAGCGCCGGUGUCGGUGUGAUCGAUCAGGGUCAAUCGGAGGCAAUGGAAACGACCUCCUCGUACCUCGUGCCGAACGAUGGUGAGGUGAAGCAGGAUGAGCCCGUCCUUGAAUCGCCGCGCGCAUCGACAGACCAAGUGAAUGCGAAGGAAGCGGGCUCCAGCUCCUGCGAGAUGUCUUCUGAAUCCGUCCCCACAUCCUCUUCCAACGACAGUGAAGUGCCACCGAGUGGACCACCGCCUCCUCCACCGCCUGCCACUACACCUCCUCCGGAGGUGGAAUCAUCGACUGCGUCACCGGAGAAAAGGACUGAAGAGCACGUGGACUAUGUGGAGCCGCCGGUCGACGCAGGGUCCAGUGCAGUGUGUGCGGUGGACAGUAGCAGCGGUAGCAGUCCCCCUAGAGACCUGACGACUGACCUGAACCGAGGCAGCGGCACCGAUGGUAGUGAUAAUGUAAAUAGUAUUAGCACCAGUGGGAGUUGUGAGCCGGAAGAAUCUCACCAAGCCCGAACCGUCGGGUCGGGUCGGGAUGCGAAUGAUGAUCCACCUGGAGAUCCGCAGCCGAACAUUGGAUCAUCCACUUCGGCCGUGGAACCAGCGGUUGAUACAGCGGCUGUGAUAGAGGACAAACCACCACCAGCUGUCGCCGGGGCCGGGGCGGUAGAACUGAGCGAAGGGGCACCAGAUCAGAAGGAAGUGAAUGGAAAACACGAGCCGGAACCUUCAACAUCGAGUGAAAUUAUGAAGACGGUGGAAAGCGAAAAGAAACCAGAGGCAAGGACAUCUCGAAGCAGCAGCGUACACGAUCGUCUAAGUGACGCUGAGGACAAUCCCCGGCAGCAGCAAACCAACGAGGAGAACGCAUCCGUUGGGAGCAGUACCAACGGAAAUACUCACACGCUCAACGAGAAACUGCAGCAGGAUACUGAGCCGUCGCAAAGUCGCGAAUCGAGCACCGUUCCACCGGAACCGGAUCCGGGGCCUUCUUCCUCCGGCCGGGAGGAACCACGAUCGAGCACGGGAGGAGAGAGAGCCUCAAUCGAGAGUAGUACAACGUCGAAAAGUGACAAAGAUACGAGCGACCCUUCGAAGGAUGAGGGAAAUGUGUCCGGUGUGGAUGGGAAAGCAGUCGGAGGAGGAGGGGUCGUUAACAGUGGGAGAGUAUCUGACUAUCAGUCACCCUCGGGGCAGCCGACCGCCCGCAAUCCCCUCCAGUUCACCGAGGUGGCCAACGAUGAGGUCGAGCUGAAGGUAGACGGGGGCCAUCUGCUAGAUCGUGUGAUCAAGCUGUCGCUUCUCAAGGGCCUCCAGGAUGGGGGGAAACGUCUAGCCAAGAGCAGUCUCAUCAUCUCCGGUGCCUGUGAAGGGUCCAACGGUGAGGCAACGCUGGCCACAACUUCCUCCCUCAGCAAGGCGAAAAAUGCGGCCGGGUUGCGACUGGUGGAGGAAAGCAAAACGACUCCCCCGGCACUGGUGGCCCCGCCGGCGGCGGCGGCGGCGGUGGUGCCAUUGGUUAAUGGCACCGUGGAUACGGUUUCGGUGAGGGAACUGGCGAGCAGCACCCGAGAGGAUCAUCAACGCGGCCCGCCAGUGCCGAGGGUGCGUCACUCGAGCGAAACGGUUAGCAGCGGGUCGGGAGAGCUGGAAGACACACGCGGAACGUGGCACGGCGGCAACAGUGCAUUGGACUUUCGGGAAGAAGCUGUCGGCCGUGCGUCUCAGAACGACGAACCUCAGAACUCCGCCGUAGAACAAUCAACAACGUCGCACGAUGGCUAUAGAAGACCGCAUUCGCGAGAACUGGUAGCGAGUAGCGAACAUUUGCCCGUGAAGGCACGCAAACCACAGUACUACGCCAGUAUUCCGGACUUUUCCAAGCAGUCCAAGUUUUCCCCAUCGCCACCGGGCAACUCCAGCGGUGGUGCGGUGGCAACAUCGACUUCAACGGCUGCGUCCUCCACGAGUAGUAGUCCGGCGGCGAAGAGUCUUACCCAGCUGCACAUGAAAACGCCCGACUUUAGCCGCUUAGGAGUGGUCUCGAGUACUGCCACCGCAACUUCUUCCACCUCCAUGCCGGCGGCGGCCUCGACAACGGUGACCACCAACUCCCCAAGUAAUGCGGGUGUGCGUACAACAAGUGAGCUGAAAAUAUCCAACCCGGACUUUUCGAAAGGUUUUGCCUUCGGACAUCCUGGGUCUGGAGCUGGAUAUCCGGGAUCUCCGGGGCAGCAGUCACUGCCUCCGCCGCCUGCUGGUUCUCCGUACGUUUCGCCGGAUACGUUCAGUAAGCUCAUCAAGGAGCGGAACUAUAUUGCCGACUUACAGUUGAAGAAUCCACCUCCCUCCAAUGGGGCGGAGCCGCACAGUGAGGGACUGAAGAGAAGUGUUGUAGUUGACACCACGACCCAUUCGGGAAGUGUACCGAAAGCCUCGCCGUACGAGCCUGUCGCGGAAAGUUCGUACCAUCACCACCACCAUCGGGGUCAACCGUUGGAUAACGCAAUGGAUUUGGAACCACAGGCGCAUGUGAUACACAAAAAGUCUGCAAGACCACAACCGCCACCAUCGGGCGGUGUGCCCAAGACUUGGAACCCACCGGAAUUCAGCAGCACACACUUCACGCAACCUCAGGGAAGCAAUCGGCCACCGGUUUCUUCGAACGGAAGUGUGACCGGUGGACCAUCAUCUUCAUCGUCCUCUUCUUCGCCGGCCCCUCGGGAUCCCUCUCCGGCACCGUCGUCGUCGUCCGCCUCGCCACACCCGGGAAGUUAUGGUGCCCAACCCUACCCCCCGUACGGUGGCAAACCUUCACAUCCGCUUCCUCCAUCGACGGAGCGUAUCAUCGUGAACAACGUGCGUACGUACUACCCCGAACAGGCCGCGCUACCCACCGGCACCGUCCCGGUUCCGGUCGGUGGUGGGAGCUCCAGCAAACAAACGGUGGCGCCACCGCAGCCACACUAUCACCAUCCCGGUUUGCCGAAGGUGAAGGAUCCCGAGUUUCGAUUGGAUCACAACAAGGAGCAGCAACUGCUACAGGAAGGUACCAUUAUCACGGUGAAGCAACCGUCCUACCCGAACCACAUCGCUGGGCGACCUCAGCAGCAACCGACACAUCCUGCCGCAGCCAGGUCACCGUCGGCCGAACGACGCGAAGCACAGAUGUUGCAGAACUCGCAGGAGAUUCUCUACCGGGACUAUAGGCAACACAAGAGGCCAUCGGUGGGAGGUGGUGGUGGUGGAAGUGGUAGACCGACGUCGGGACCACUGCAGGGAACUCCUACUUCCCAAGGUCCUCCACCUCCUCAUCCUCCCGCGAAUGAUCGUCGAUCGCCUUAUGACGCCUACUAUCAUCCGAUGAUGCACCAUCAGCGUGGACCGGUUCAUCCACAGGCCGCCGGGUCCGGUUUAAUGCAUCCUCCACCACCGAAUUGGCCAGGUGCUGGACCAACUCCUCCUCCUCCUCAUCCUACUCCUUCACAGCAGCGAGGUGGCGGUGUUGUCGCACGCAGUAGUCCGCAUGACAAUGGAACCAGUCCCGUGUCAUCACCGGCUCCCCUUCCACCGGGUGGUUCGAUUCCAAGCCCAACUCACCACUAUUACACUCACCCGCAACACCAUCACCCUCAGCAACACGGUGGUCAGUACAAGAACUCACCUAGCCCGGUGUCCGGUUCGGCGUACGGUUCGGCCGCCUCACCAACGCAACCGAUGGCGGCGGCGGGCAAGUACCCACCGCCGGCGCAGCAACCGUACGGCCGAUCGGAAGCCGAGCGGGAUCCGUACACCAAGGGGCAAACGCCCGGCAUAUACAAGGCCGGAUUGGACUACAAUAUGGAGCAGAAGUUCGCCGAAGUGUACCAGGCGCAUCAGGAGAAGGAGAAACAGGCUGCCGAAGCGGCCACAACGCCGGGAAGGCAACCCUCACGCAAUGCUCCCCGGACUGGUGGAAGUCCCGGUGGGGUAUCUUCCGCUUCGAGCAGUGCCGCCGCGGGUGGUGGACCUUCGAAACCGGUAUAUGGAGCGUAUGAUCCAUACGGUGCUUACUAUCAUCACUCGCAGGCCACCCCGUCACCGACAUCAACCCCUUCGCCGGUGCCCUCGCCACAUCAUCGGAAGUACAGCGGUCCACCGUCGCGCGAUCCCUCGCCAUUGGGUCAGCAAGGUGCACCGUCACAGCAACCGCUUCACCAUCGCUCCAAUGAGUCCCUGUACCACCUGACUCCUGGCCCGGCGUCAGUUUACAUGCAUUCGGGACCACCGAGAGAUCCUGCGGCAAACGGUUCGCAUGAUCCCCGAGGUGGCGCUGUUCAACAACAACAAACCGCCGGCAUUCCGUAUCACGCCAAUCAGCCUUCGUCGUCGUCCACCUACCCGAUGCCGACACCGUACGCCACCGGGGUAGCGAUACCACCGUCGGCCAGCAAUCCACCGCAACAUUCUGUGAUAAAUGCGGCCUCCUACGAUCGCCACUACCAGCCUGCAUCACAUCCAUCCUACGGAGGAUCGUCUUCCUCCCAAAGCUCGCAGGGAACUCCACAUCACGGGAAGUCACUUCCUUAUCCACCGGGAAGGCAGCCCCAACACCAGCAACCGUUACAACCACCACCACCUCAGCCACAAGCUGGCCCAGUGCCGGCGAGUGCCAACGGAGGAGUGUCAGUCCCUUCCAGCGCUCCCUCAUCAUCGUACUCGUACCCGCAUCAUCCCCCGAUGGUGGCGGCGGCGACGUCGGAGUCGGCCGUUAUCCAUCCACCGGUCGGUAGUAAAAACAUUCCCGUGCGUGUCAUUGCGACAGCUCCGCCGGCUUCCAAAGUGGCCGGAUCCGGACAGCAACACACUCUUUCGAACUCCGCCCGACCAACGGGAGGAGUUGGAGCGUCUUCCUCGAUGGCGUCAUCGCAGGGAGUGGUAAGAGGAGUGGCUGGAGGAGCCACCGGUGGUGGUGGUGAUGAACGUGGUGUGACCGCCGAUGGUGUCGGCACUGUAACGGCGGUGAUCAUUGCUCCGGCGAAGCGUGAAUCUCCGUUGGAUCUUUCGGUGAAAACCGUCAAAACGAAGGCUGACUCGACCGGGUGCGAUGACUAUGGGAAUGUGAGUGCGAGCAAUAGCAGCAUCAGUAGCAGUAGUAGCAGCAGUAGUAGCAGCACCAGCAGCAGUGGUGGUAGUGCCGCCCUGUUGGCCACCCGCCCGCGAGGAGGAGAGGUCGUUCCGAAGGUGGACUUCAAUCCGAACUUCAACAAACAUAUUCCACCGAGUCCACACAGUUCCGGUCGGGGGUCGACACCGGGUGGUGGACCACCUCCGGUGGCCUCAGGUGGAAGACCUUCGGAUCCGCUACCUGGCCCACCUCCUCCCCGCCACGUUUCCGUAAUCAGCCCCGCCAUACCGCCGGGGUAUGAUAAGACGACGGAUGCGUAUAUGUCGGCAAAGUAUCGGGCCGUCGGAGGACCGCUGGUAACCCCGGUGUUGCACUACUCUCCCCACUACCCACUACCCCCGCAUGGAGCCCCGGCAGGAUAUGAUCCCGCUGCUCCACCGGGGAACUCAUCCAAAUCCCAGGCAGAUCCAUACUCCAGCCCAAAACAACAACCCGGGUCAGGACAGCCCGGUCCAGCAUCGGGCAGUGGUUCGGCUAGUAGCAAGAGUGUUUACUAUCCCCCUGCAGCAGCAGCACCAGGCCCAACGCACCCUGGCAUGUCGAAUGCGCCACAUCAGCCAACGAUGGAUUAUAUGCGAGGUGGGAAACCGCUCGGUGGAAGCAUCAUCACUGGCCAGGCACUUCCUUCGGGAAGCCGUGCGCCAGCUCUACCACCACCACCGCCAUCUGCUUCCGCCAACCAGCACCAGGGAGCAGUAGCACCACCACCUCCAAGCCGCCCGGACGACGCCAGGAGUGAAGAUCGCAAGUUUGUCGAGAACAUGCUCAAGAAGAAAACGUCCCCCUCGUCGGACGUCAUCGCCGACCUUCAAUCCGGACGGUUUCCCACGCGUUUGCCGCAGAGUUUGGUACCGAAAAAGCGUGCGGCAGCUGCUGCCGCUGCGGCGGCCGCGGCCGAAGCUGCCCAAUCGAAGGCCGCAUCCGGCGGUUCACCGAAUGUUCCAUCGCCGGCCAAGGUGGGCAAGUACGAGGAACGUGAGCAGCCGGGGCAUGAAGCGGCGACACCUGGAUACCAUCCUCAAAAUGCACCAAAGGACGGACUUUACCAUGCUGGCCCAGCUAAACCUUAUGGAACGGGGGAAAACCUACCGCAGCUUGGAGGCGGUAGUAAGCGUACGGAGACUGCUGUCCAUCCUUCCGUCAUAACGACCAACUAUCACCACCAACAACAGCAACAGCAUCACCACCAACAACAUCAGCAGCAGCAGCAGUACCCUCCGGACAUGCGUUACUAUCCACACCAACAACCGGUGGGACCAUCGAAACCACGGGAGGAUCCCGUGGCCCCGGUUUAUCAUCAACCGCACCUGCGUGGCGGUAGUUCCCUACCGUAUGGCCAUGCGUAUCAUCCGCAGUACCACCAUUCGGAGCAUCCGCAACAUCUCGGAGCUUACCCCCAGCAUAAGGAUCCAAGUGGACAGCCAAUGUUUCGGUACAGUGAGCCACCCAAGUCCUCGCCGGAGUCCACCAGCGUCCAGCACAUGCAAUCGCACAUACACUACACCGGUUCGGCGGGUGUUCCUGGUGGGAAAGAGUACCAGCAUCAACAUCAGCAACAACAACACCCUCCUCCUCCUCAUCAUCUUCAACAGCAGAGUUUGCCUUCUUCACAUGGGAAGAGUGGCGGAAUCGAAGUGGCACGUUCUCCAUACGUUCCUCCGCCGCAUAGUUCACCCUACGGAGGAGGAGUACCACCACCACCACCACAAGUACCAGUACCGGUACCGUCGUCGCAACAACAUCCACAACAUCAUCGUGGCGCGGACCAGGCGGUGAUUUCGAAGUUACGCACCAGCCUGGAACUGAAGGAGUUCAAGGAGAAGCAACGCAUCAGUCAGCUCCGCAAGCUCCCAUCCGGCGAUCCGGUGGAGGAACCUCCGGUACAUUCCAACCCGCCCACAACCCCCGUCACACCGGACGCUCCCUCGUCAUCGGCCCGGUUUCGCACCAAGGGUGAACUGAAGGGUUACACACCGUUGCCUUUGCCACCGAGCGUUCCGGAUCCCUCGAAGCGGGAGGGAGACGCACCAAAGGAUCACGAAGGAGGCGUUAGUGGUGGUGGUAAGACGGAAAUGGAUGGAACCGAUGCGCCGCUCGGUGACGGUGCAGGAGCAGCGACACCGUUGCUGGAUAUAGUGGACUGGGGAAGCGCUUGCAAUGAGUUCGUGGAGCAGCUGCAGACGGGAAAGAAGCGCGGACGACGGAAACGAUCGUCAACGACGACGCCGGUGGGUGGACGUGGUUGGCACGGGCUCGGGCAGGACGGCGGUGAGCUGAUGGCGGCGACCGUUGGUGACGGUUCCAGUGCGGAUCUGUCCGCCGUACCGAAGGAUGUGCUCAAUUCCGCCCGAUCACCGCCGAAGCAACAUCGGCUCGAUCGUAGCGGGAGUGUUAGUUCGAGCGAUGAAGAUAAACCACUGUUGCUGCUCCGUCAGCAGUCCCAGCAACAGCAGCAACAGCACCGGGACGAGGACGAACCGGACCCCCGGCAGCAGCCUCAGCAUAUGAAACUGACGGACAAACUGGCGCGUAAUAUGCGCGAAAAGCAACGGCUCGAGCUGGAGCAGAAGCACGAGGCUAAGCUGGGUCGGUCGAGCAGCACGGACAGUGACACGGCCCGGUUAGCGUCGGCGGCGGCGCAACGAGCAAAGGCACGCGUCCGUAAGCUGCGCCACCGGUCGAGCAUCGUUUCGUCGUCGGUGCUGAAAUCCUCCGAUGGGGACGGUGACGUGACGGCCGACGAGGACGAAACGAUUAAGGCGGGUGGUGGGAAGCGUCCCUUGUUGCACUCUUCCCUGGCCAACAGUAGUAAUGCGGCGAAAAGGAAGCGCCUCGAACGUCGCUCGUCGUCGGCCUCGUCAUCGGAGAGCGAGCAGCCCGAAGUAGAGCCCCCCGAAGUGGUCCGUCGUAAGCGGGGCCGUCCGAAGGGUUCGCUUGGUGGAGCGAAGAGGGCUCAGCAGCAGCAACAACAGCAGCAACAACAGGCCACGAUGACACGUUGUCAGACGAGCACUCUGAAGCAGGAUCCGAAUGAAAACAGCGAUCUCAGCUCGGAGGACGAUAAGACAUCGAAAGCGUUGCGUACCCCGCCGGUCAAGGGCGAAAGGAACGCGUCCAGCCAUCGGGCAGAUUCGACUAAAAAGGGCGGUGGGAGUGGUAGUGGUGGUAGUGCGGGAAACGGGGGAACGUCCGGUGGUGGCUCCAAGAGUGGCGGCCAGCAGGUAAAGGUGGACAAUUCUACCACCGGCGAAGGAAAAGCGAAAAAGAAAUCAACUGACAACCAUGACAACGGUACGCCCCGGAAGUCGGAGGAACCGGCCAACGGCAAUGGUUCGUCGAGCAAAAAGCCCCCCGCCAAACCGCGCACCACUUCCCGCUCCAAGACACCGGUGGUGCAAGGGCAAGGGGUCAAUUCAUCCGGUGGUUCCUCCUCCUCCUCGUCCUCGUCAUCGUCUGCAUCUUCGUCGUCGUCGUCUUCCUCGUCGUCGUCGGAGGCGGAAGACCGGGAAACGAUGACCCGCUCGAAGAGCAAGCGGGAAGCGGAACGGCGUCGCUCCAACUCGAAGGUCCUGCGCAACGACAAGAUCGUGGAAAACCUUUCCGCCACGGUCAACCACCGGAGGGCACGGAUCGAGAACGAACGUACCCCGACCAAGCAGAAGCAGACAAAAAACUCCCGCGAAACCCCGGCGUCGUCGGCGGGGAAGCGCUCAAAGCCGGCCGAAUCGGACUCGGAUCGAUCGGCGGCGACGACGACGACACCGGCAGCAGUGUCGGCGGAAAAGGUGACCGGUGUUCCACGGAAGCGCACACGUCAGGCGUCAAAAAACGGGCCCAGUUCCUCGGUGGAAUCGGAUCAGGGCAGCUCUAGCGACGACGAAGGGACGGCGGCGGCACCGGGAGCUACCGAUCUUAACGAACGUUUGCGAAAACGCCGGUCAAAAAACGGCUCCGAACAAGCGGGAGGAAAAGUGCCCUCGAAAGGGAGCGCCUCCGUAGGUAAGGGAUCCCGUUCCCGGCGGGAAAGUACGGCGACGAAAAGCGGACGGGAAGAACCGUCCGCCAAAAAGAAACAACCGACUGCUUCCGGUGCCGCCUCGGCGGGCUCCAGUUCGUCGGGCGGAGGUGGUGGUCGGGGAGGGUCGCGUAAAGGUUCCGUGAAAGACGGUGGCGCCUCCACCGGACCGGCCGAUCAUUUCUAUCCCGGCUGGGAAAAGGAACUGUACGAGUACAAGCGAUCACUGAAGGUGCCCCCGGAGCUCAUUACCAUCGGUGGUGGGUUGUAUAUGCACCGUAUCUCUACGUCCCUGCCCGAUCUGGACUCCCCGCAUCACAGCGACGGUUCGGAAACGUUCUCGGAGAUCGUGAAGAAGCUCAACCAGAAGGAGGAAGCAGGAGGACCACCGAACGUAUCCACGCCACCCGCUCCGAAGCGUAUUAAAACGAAAGCGGCGGCGAAGCAGCAGCAACCACCGACCGCUCAAGCGUGUGGCCAGGCGGUGAAAGUUAAAGAAGAGCGCCCGGAGUCGCUCCAGGAGCAACGCAAGAAGAAACUCGAUGGCAAUGAAAAGUUCAGCUCCAUCAUCGAACUGCUCCAUCGGCGAUGUCUUGCCGCUGCGUUGCUUCAGCAGGGCAAAGCGGGAACGGGCGGCACUACUGCUGCUGCGGGCACGGGCAAGCAAAAAGCGAAGGGAGCGAGCGCCAAAGCUAACGUGAACAACAAUAACAACAACAACAACAACGAGAUCACCGUGAAGCCAAAGCAGGAGUACGAACUUCUUCCAACGCCCGGUGCCGAGUCGGAGUCGCUCUUCGCCAAGAACUGCAAGAAGAAAAAGUCCCUCUUUGACACGGCCAUCCUGAAGUCGCGCACCCGCACCGAACAGAAAGCGAUGCAAAGUAAGGAGAUGAUCCGAGAGGUUUUCGGUGCGGAUGAGGAACGGCCACAGUCGGCCCCACCGCUCGGUUGUGGUGGGCUGUUCGAGGAGGGUAUCCAUAAUGUCACGUACGACGAGAAGUACAACGAGCUGAUGCGAAAUGUGGACCGGAUUGUGGGUGAGCUGGAUGGUAGCAGCGGAGGGGUGGCCGUAUCGGUCAAGCAGGAACUCGACGAGGAGCAGGAAGAAGAGGACGGGGCUGAGGACGAUGAAGACGACGAGCGGAUGAGGGUGGAAGGGGACGACGAAACACAGGACAGCAGUGUGCUCAUGAAGGACUCCGAGCGAGACACGCCAUCGGUCGCAUCGGAGCGAGAUCUGCUCGGUGGAACUCCGCUGUCGUUCAAAGGGCUCGCCGUGGCAUCGACUCCGGGACCACCGGGAGCGACGGUGGUCGCAUCGACAUCGACCGGUGUGGUGGGGAACGCCAUGCCGGAGAAGAAACGCCGUGGCCGUGGACACCGCACUUCCCGACGAAAGGGCAGCUCGGGGUUUGACUACAUCCGGAAGAAGAAGAAACCGUCCCAACAACACCACAACAACCAAGCCAAUGGAAGCAACCACCAUCGAGGGGGGUUUGGGGCGUCGUCCUCGAACAUUAACGGCAUAUACGGUGGCAUUCACGGGGAGUCGCGAAAGAAACCAAUGUCGGCCUUCGAAAGGCUGGAGGUGAAAGACGAGACGCACAUCAACAAGGAAAUACGCAGCUGGGUACUGAACAAGGGCGUCGGGGAAAGUGUGAUGCAUAAAGCGGCCCGACUUGGCUACACGGACGUCAUCGUUUAUUGCCUGGAACGGCUCGAUAUGGACCCGGACCUGAAGGACAACGCGGGUUACACACCGCUCCACGAAGCGUGCGCCAAGGGACAUCUGGACAUUGCGAACUAUCUGCUACAGUAUGGCGCGAGCCACUCGGAACCGGCCCCGUCCGGUAUGCGUCCGUUGCACGAGGCGGUGGAGAAUUCGUUCAUCGAAAUCGUGCGCCUGCUGCUAUCGUUCGGUGCCGAUCCAAUGCUGACCACCUACAAUGGGUCAACGCCGGAACAGCUGGCUGAAAGCGAUAGUAUGAUACGGUUUCUGCAGGACCAUCUGAACGAUGUGCAGAGCAUGGGUCCGACUAAGACGGCGUGGAAAUUUGAUGGACCAUGGAAGAUGCAUGACGCAGAAGAAAGCGGAUACAACGUGUUUUCGCACAUUCCUGAUUUCGAUGGGGAAGACAGCGGGAUUUCGUCGCUCAAUACCAGUGCAGGAAGUACUAGCACCGGGACGAGUGCCAGUGGUACGACGAGCUGUUCCUCUGGUGAACGACGUUGUGAUUCGAAUUCGAAUAUCAUGACCUUCGAAGAAGUAAACUCGAAGCCACCGUUGGAAAAUGGAAUCCCUGCAGAUGCGACCAUUGACGGUGGUGGCAGUAGUGUCCCUGAAAGCCCGGUAGCAGUCGGGGGCAGUGUUGGGCUGCGCAAUGGAAAAGUGAUGAAGCGUGACCCACAGAAAGAUGCCAACACGCUGGUGAACGGCUUCUUGAAGGGGGAAAACCGAACGAAACUGCCGAAUGGUGUUGCUGCCCGGUCCGGUGAAGAAAAGUGCAAACCCGCUGAUGGGUUGGAAGACGCGCAGCUGCACGACGACGACAACGAGAAUGACGGCAUGGAUGGUUCCGACGGGAUGGUGUUCGAGUACGAAGAGUCGGACCGUCCGCUACCACCAUUGUACGCGUUGAAGGACGAACACAACGAACGCUGGGUGUUGCUGAGUGACCUCUGUCCAUUGCUCAAAUUCAAAUCGAAGGAAGCCGUACUAAGACAGAUCUGUCCGAAUAACUCCGUCAUCAACCAGCGCGAUCUGAUACGGGAGAUGAAGUUCGAAGAGUUCCUAACGCGGGCCCAUUGCCUGCAGCUGCUCUGCGCCGGCGAAAAGCUCAACAUACACGCGUCAAAGGUGGUGCUAGUGAAGUACAAUGACAGCGUCAAGAGCCUGCUGCAGGUGAAGAGUAUGAUGACGCGCAUCUAAAUCCGUGUGCAAUUCGUAUCGAAACCCUAACGGCACUAAAUCUGGACACAGUUUGCACGAUAAUCGAUGCAACUAGAACUAAAUGUUGCCUUACACACGGAAAAGCGUAGCGAAAAGGCACGGCAAACGACAGCAACUCCGUGUUGUAAAUCUUAGAAAACUCGUUUACGAUUGUAUUACCACUUUACAUGAAAUUCAAGCAAACCCUCCCAUACAUCACUAGAAGGCGCUGUGUUCCCACUAUCCGGAAUAAGAAAUGUAUUGUAAAGCGAGAGGAAUUAAGCAAGGUCGAAUGCAAUGUAUCAGCAAAAUGAUAGAAACGUCCGAUACGGCCUCGGUUUCAUCACAGAAGUAAUAGAUACUUAUAGGUUUUUGUUUUUGCAUUGCGCAAUCACAUGCAGUGGAAUCGGGAAGAGGGCAAUUUUGUGUUGUUUUUAAUUUGUUUUUAAACUACCGUUCGUUUU